AUGACAGACCAAACUGAAGUGUCCAUCUACUCCCCUGAGCCACCUGACAUAUAUAAGAACGUAUUCUCCAACCCUGCCUUUGAGCUUGAGGGGGAGCGCGAUGACCGGGUGGAUGGGUUCAGGAACACCCCCACCCCAGAGCCAAUCAAACAACCCGCUGCCAGCCAGGGUCUGUUUGGAGUGUGUGUGAGGCGUCUGCGUGCUACCUGGUGCAGCUGGGGGAUGGUGGUGGUGUGUGCUGCAGCUGUGCUCCUCAUGGCUGCUGUGGGCCUGGCCCUGAUGCUCAUCCUCACACAGUUGAAGGAUCAGACAAUAGAAGGAGAUGCCGUGCCACCCAAUCCCCUGGACCAGCUGACUAUGGACGGAGCACCCAGCAGCCUACCCACAAUGCCUAGCAACACCAGCCUUAAGGGCACAGCAGUGCCACCGAUGACCAGACACCCCACACCUGAGACACGAUGUGGGGGUGUGUUGACAGAUCCAGAAGGCAGUUUCAGCUCCCCCAACCACCCUGGGUCCUACCCUCCAGACAGUCUUUGCGUGUGGAUGAUCCAGGUGGCCCCUCCCUCGCUGGUCCAGAUCCACGUCUCCUCUCUGACAGUGGAAGGCCCCUCCCCCUGCCUCUUCGAUUGGCUGGAGGUCCAGGAAGAGACAGAGCAGAACCUGGUCACCAGGUUCUGUGGGAAUGUGGCGCCCCCUACAGUCAACACCAACAGCAGUACGGUGUGGGUCAGCUUCCGCUCCGACGGCAGCAUUGGGGGCACCGGAUUCAGCGCACAGUACCGCGCCAUCUCACCAGACCACAAGAGCUGCUCUAGAGAGGAGUUCAUGUGUGACCAGGGCCGCUGUCUCCUGCCUGUGUCUGUGUGUGACGGACAGUCCAACUGUCUCGACCACACUGAUGAGGCCAACUGCAGCCAUAAGCACAAGGAGUGUGGGGGGCAGAAGAAUGGACCCUCCGGUACUUUAUCCAGUCCAAACCACCCCAAGCCUUACCCCCAUCAACAGUUGUGUACGUGGCGUAUCUCUGUGGAGGAGGGUCACGUGAUCAGACUGAGCUUCCGUAACUUCAGCCUGGAGACCCAGGACGUGUGUGAGUUUGACUAUGUGGAGGUCCAUGACAGCAGCGACACUGGAGCUGGCAGAGUGCUGGGACGGUACUGUGGCACCAGCCUCCCUCCGGACCUCACCUCCUCUGGGCCCCAGAUGACCGUAGUGUUCGUGGCGGACGAGGGCGUGGCCGACAGUGGCUUUAACUGCUCCUACCAGUCCAUCUCCUUGUCUGAGAGGACGUGUGGCCCCAGCCAGUUUGCCUGCAGCAGUGGGGAGUGUCUGCAGCAGGAGUGGCUGUGUGACGGCUGGACAGAUUGUGCAGAUGGAGCUGACGAGCUGGACUGUGACAACUCCACCUACCCUCCCUUCACCUCGUCGUGUGAGCCCAUCGAGGUGGAGCUGUGUGAGGGCCUCAGCUACAACCUCACCUCCUUCCCCAACAUCUGGCUCUCCAUCGCCGACCAGCGAGAGGCCGCUACACUGCUGCGGCAGUACAAGGUGCUGAUGGAGUUAGCUUGUUUUGAACCCCUGCGCAGGCUGGUGUGUGGGAUGUUCCUUCCCCAGUGCAGCCCCCAGGGGGGGGUCUUACAGCCCUGCCGCUCUGUAUGCUCCUCAGCAGAGCAGCAGUGCAGCCAGGCCCUGGACCUGCUCUCCUUCAGCUGGCCCUUUAACUGCCACCUGCUCCCAGACUCACACAAUCCCAUGGAGUGCUCCAUACCCUGAGACAGACCCCACCCUGGGGCACAUCCAUACCCUGAGACAGACCCCACCUUGGGGCACAUCCAUACCCUGAGACAGACCCCACCCUGGGGCACAUCCAUACCCUGGAGCAACAUUAUCCUGGUAUACUAGUACAUGGAGACAACAUCUACACAACAACUUCAACAUGGAUACACCAUUUGUACUAGCUUGCCUAAACAUGAGAGUGACUUAAAGCCACAUUGACAUCCACUGAAAAGGAGAACAUGGAUAUGGCAACAUUUGUAAACAAAGAAACUUUAGUCUUUUAGGAUAGCAGCAUGAAAAGAACCAUGUUUAUCAUGUGAGAGAGCUCUUCACCGGAGCACAGGAUUGAAACACUUCCCUCAUGAAGCUGAAUGGACCUGAUGCCUGCAGGGUCUGACUCCCAGCUCGAUUAAGCCUUCGGAAGGAACAUCCACAAUAUUUUCAAUCUCUAUGUGGUCAGAUGAGCUUUCUGUAUCCUGUAUAGCAAA